AUGGAUGCAUAUAAAGGACUCACUGGUCUAACUCAAGAGCAACAACAAAUGGUUACCGCUGUUGUGGAUGCCUACAAACAACUCAAAAAUAUCUAUGAUGGGAUGAUAAACCUUACCAAACUCAUUACUAAGGCCGGUACACUUAAAACCACUGCUCAGGGUCAUUCUGGCACUGAACUUCAACCUGCGCUCAGUGCUCCAGCCUCAGAACUAGCCACCCUGGCCGGAUUGCUUUCCAAUGCAGCCGAUGGACUAUCUACUGAUCUUGCACUUCAAUCUCUAGCCGGGAGUCUUAAGGAGGCAGCCAAGAAAGAUACUGGUGUUCCUGAUACUAGUCUACAUACCAAGGCUACCGAACUAUCCAGUAAACAAGAUUAUGAUAACAAGGCCAAACCAGUCAUAGUAGCAUUCGACAAUGUAAAGCAAAAGUAUGAUGAACUGAUCAAGGCAGCCAUUGCUAAUAACAAACUCUCACUGGUUCAGGAUGUAGAAAAAGCCUUUGAAAAUCUCAAAACUCACUAUGAUGGAAUGAUGCCGUUCACUAAGAUCAAGUAUUACUCCGAAAAGAUAUCCUCUGGAGCCGAAACGCUACGUGGUGGUCGUGGUGAUGCUGACACCAUAGUUAAAUACUUUGACUCUAUGGAAUAUGCAUACAACAAACUAAAUAGUGAAGAGAAGAAAAAAGUUAAGACUCAGUUUGAUCCUCUAAAGGAAGAAUAUUAUCUGAUGCUAAAGUUUACCAAGGCAACAAAACUUAGAGUUCUAGCUGGUGCAGAAGAAUCCGAAGGACUCCUAGCACUGGCCGAUACACUAUAUAAAGCAGCCAAACAACUUAACAGUGCAGUUCAUACUGAUACUACUGAUGCUGCUAAAGUACUUCAACAAAAGGCUGGUAAAAAUCAAGAUACUCCCGGAACACUAAGAUACUUGGCCAAAGAACUUAAAUCUGCAGCCCUAGGUCUAUACAAUGCACUUAAAAAGGCUGGAACUGUUAAUGGUAAACGAGAAGCACUACUACUUGAAAAGGUUGUCGGUUACAGUGAAUCCGCUGAAGGUCUUAGAAAGGCACUUGCAGAUCUUUCUAGUAAUCCAACUCAACAUCUUCAAGGUGUCAAACGUAAUUACGGGCACGUAAAAAACAAAUUCGCCGCAGUUAAGAGACUUAAAGACAGUGCAUAUAAAAAUUUUCAAACUCAGUAUCAAGCAGUUGAGGCGGCAUGGAAUAAUUUCAAUGAUGUCUAUAAGCCUGAAGGACUACUCAAGGAUGCUGUCGGUACUAAUGAACAAGAUUCUGAAAAACUUCGACCAAAACUCAAAGCACUAGGUGAACAUCAUGAAGUUACUGAUCCUGAAGAACUGAAACGUAAGGCCAGUGCUGUUAAACAACAAUACGACAUAGUCAAAGAUCUAUUCGACUUAGUCAAGGCACAAGCAGCUACUUAUAAUGCUGACCCCGCUAAAACGGUUCCAUAUGGUAGGGUUGUAAAGGCAUGGGAUGAUUUCGACAAAGUUUAUAAGGCUAAUCUCAAAGGACUUGCCAACGCCCUCACCACAGCUGUAGGAGAAAAUGACAGAGCUGCCGAUUCACUCCAAAAGACCCUCAAAGAACUCAAAGAUAACGGCGGUGAUGAAAAGGCCCAGGAUGUAAUCAAGAAGUUUAAUGCAGUCGCUGCAGCCUAUGAUAAGGUCAAAGAACUUGAAACUACAUAUAAAAACAUUGUAGCAACUCAAACUCAUUAUGACAAUGUUGUAUCUAAAUUCACUGAACUUCAAGAAGACAAAAAACUUAAAGAUGCAGCUGAUACUCUAUCCGGACAGGCCGGUACACUAUCUGGUAAUGCCAACACACUACACGGUGAACUACAAAAACUAGGUACUGAUACUGCUGCUCAAGCUGCUAGAGAUAAGGUCAACAAACUGAAAAAUGCAGCUAGUAAAUCUGGUGAUGGUGAAGAUCAGAAGGGUCUUGAACAGUUACUCGGAGAUCUUAAUGGCGCCAGUGGUCCUGCAGUAGUUGCUAAGGCCAAAUUGGUCAAAGAUAAGUUUGCUGACGACUUUGCCGGUACUACUGUUCAAAAGGCUUACAACGCUGUGAAAGAUGAUCCAACAGCUAGCGGUAAUGCUGGAUUUACCGCUGUUAGAGAUGCAUUCACUGAACUUCAGACUGAGUAUAACAAGACCAAACAACCUUAUUAA